ACCUUGAAAUAAAGAGCAUUAUUCAUCACCUGCCGUCGUAUAUAUAUUUCUUAAAUAAUAUACUAUAUAGUCUGCCGCUAUAUAAAUCAAUAUGUUUACAUUGCGCCGUCUCAGUCAGCGCCUGUAUCCAAAGCAAAUUCAGCACUCGAAAAUGUCACAAAUAGGAGAACUGGGCAGCGGUGCCGGCAAAGGAGGAGGCGGCGGCGGCGCCAUACGCGAGGCCGGCGGCUCCUUUGGCAAAAUGGAGGCGGCGCGCGAGGAGGAGUUCUUCCACAAACAGCAAAAGGAACAGCUUAAGAAUCUGAAGACUAAAACAGACGCGAAGGCGCCGGGUGUAGCCAAGAAAUGAUUUUAAUUGCUCGAAUUUCUAGUUUUUAGUAUGGUUUCAUAAUUUAUUAAGGGGACAUUUUUCGAAUAAAUUGGCAUACACUGUGUGUAUGCAUUUGGCAAGUUA